AUGAACGGCGUCGGUAGUGGUGUUACUAUUACUAGUAGUAUUAACCAGCAUCAUCAUGGAGAUGACGAAGACGCCGUUUCGGUGAUUAGCACGACUUGUUCUUCCGUGGAUGGCGAUGAUCAGCACUCGGUCAUGACGGAUCGCAGUCAACGCAGCGGUAGUAAGAAACGCGCCAUUUGGAAAGACAAGGGCGGCCAAGCACGAUAUACCCUUCACGAUGAAAAUCGAAAACACAAUGACAAAGACGGCAAGCCGGGAAUCAAACCCAAAAAUGCCGUGGCGGCGGCGGCUGUCACAGCGGGUGUCGUCACUGGUGGAGUCGUCGGAGCCGUCUUGCUAGGUCCUGUGGGGCUAGUGGUCGGUGGAGUUGGUGGUGUGGGAUCGGCCGCAUCGGCAUUGGUCACCCAACGACGACUGGCAUUUCAGCGACGACGACAACGUGCCCAAGAAGAACGACAAGAUGCCCAACGAUCCACUUCACCCGUUCCAGAACCUCCUUGCCGUUCCUUUUCCGGUCAUACCGAUGCUUCUCUAGUCCAUGACACAAAGGCUAGUUUUUGAAGCCUCACACCAAGCAAACUAUCAAGAACCUAUACUAGUAAAACUAUACCAAUAAGCUCCUCCUCCGUAACACUAGCAUCCAACCCUCCAAUGGC